AUGAAGGAACUGACCCAAGUUCGAUUUGGGAUUAAAAUUCUCACGGAGAACAAAACAUUGGUGAGAUGUAAGUGAGACUCUUUUUCUAAUUGAACUGAUUAUUCCAUUUUAACUUUAUCAUUAUAUUAUGUAGCAUGAAAAACGGUGGUCUUAUGCAUGGCGAUUUCAAUUCCUUUCUUGAGGAAUCAUUUCGCCAGUUUGGAUGACAAAAUUUCCUGCAUGCUUGGAGCUCUUAUCUUCCGCAACUGUCUUUCCUGCAGUGUUGCUGAACAUUGACAACCGAAUAAUUUAAAUGCUCUAAACUUUUCUUGAAUUGAGUUAUUUGUCGAGUUUUUUCAUAGUUACUUUUUUUUUAAUCCUUGUGUUAUAAUUUGAUGCGCUUUUUAAAGAUAAAAGAUUUAUGAAGAACUCAAGUCCCGUCGUCUUCUCUCCACGACAGAUACUUCGUCCGAUGAUAGAAGCACAUUCAUAUCAAACUCCCUGUUUUAGAGCAUGCACACAACAUCAAGCAUCUUUAUUUUAUCUUCAAUAGCUAAAAACUGUGCUGAGCUGUACAAAUCCGGUCGAAGGAUCAGCGGCGUUUACACAAUCGACCCAGAUGGUUCAGGCGCCUUCGAUGUAUAUUGUGACCAUACAACAGCUGGUGGGGGAUGGACAGUGAUCCAGAAGAGAAUGGAUGGCUCCGUUGAUUUCAACCGCACCUGGAAUGAAUACAAACAUGGCUUCGGUAACUUGGUCGGUGAGUUCUGGCUCGGACUGGAUAAAAUAAACCGUCUCACAAGAAACAAGACAAAAAACAAGCUUCGAGUAGAUCUGGGAGUAAAAAAUGGGAAAACUUUUCACCCUGAGUAUAGCUGGUUUGGCAUUGGAAACGAGACAGCUGAGUACAAGCUGCACAUUGGCAAUUUUAUAAGUAAGUAACCCGUUUUUUUGGCAUUCAUUUUUCGAUUCUCAUAUAUUACUUCUCCCUCACUUAAAUCUUAAAAUCAAUUUUACUCCACUUUGUCAAUAGUGGUAUUAUCAAAUGGCAAGGUUCUCCAGAGGUAAACCUGAACGUUCUGAUUGGCUCUUACUAGUCGGGAUUUUGGUCCGAGUGCCACAUAAUAAACUAUUUACUAACUUUAUUUUUUAAUUUUUUUUUAAUUCUUUUUUCUUUUUCCCCCUUUUUUUCUCUUUUUUUGGCGGAAAACGACAAGGUUAAAGCUAUGAUGGCAUUUUACGGAUCCUAGAAUUAUGUGAAUCUCUUUUGUUUUGUUUCAAAACAGACGCCACUGUUUCCCCCGAUUCCCUAAGUCCUCACGGAGAUUUCGUUUUCGGUACCUGGGAUAGGGAUCCCGCUGGUUGUACUCAAAAAAGAGGUGGAGGCUGGUGGUAUGGCAACAGUAGUAAAUGUGCUGUUUGGUAA